UCCGCGUGGGGGCUUGCUUUUUUCUAUUGUUCACUGGACCAGUCACAAGCAAACUACCCUGUGACGCAGCUGUUACUCACGACUUGCGUUGCUUCAGCUGUGUUUGCGUUGCGUCAGCUGUGUUUGUUUGUUUGGUCGAGUCCGCGUGGCGUGUCUUUCUGCAGAGGCGUUCGGCAAAUUUUAUUACUAAAAAUGGAUCUUAGUCGGGCGAGAAAGUUUUAUUCUGCCAAGGACGUGCUGCAGGAGCUUUUUUAUUCCACAGAUGAUGACAUUACAUCGGAGAGUGAAAGCAGUGAUGACGACGAGGAGGAGUCAAUUCUAACUCGAAGGCAGUUAGCAGACCAGUCUGCUGAGGCAGACCAGUCUGCUGAGGCAGACCAGUCUGAUGAGGCAGACCAGUCUGAUGAGGCAGACCAGUCUGAUGAGGCAGACCAGUCUGAUGAGGCAGACCAGUCUGAUGAGGACUGGCAUCCCGAGAUCAACUCUCCCCUGGAAAAGAAACCAUACAGACCAGACUCCGUUUCGGCUACAACAACCAUCAACAGAGCCAGAGGUUCCAGACAGAGAGGCCGAGGUCGAGUCACUAAUAUCCACUCGUCAUCAGAGUCCACUUCUGGAGUGAGAUGGAAAAACCCUGAGGAAGAUAAUGUUGAACCACAACAUGUAUUCAGGCCUGCAAGACUGGAAGGCCCACAGCUCAUCCCAACCACAUCCUACAGUCCUUUAGAGUUAUUUCAACUACUCAUUUCAACCUCCAUGAUGCAAACAAUUGCCACCAAUACAAAUGCACAAGGAACAAUUCGACAACAGGGCAAAAAACCAUGGAAGGACAUUUCAGUAAAUGAUUUCUACUCUUUUUUUUGGCUCUUCUGCUAUACAUUGGCUUGUCAAAAACACGUUUACUGACAGACUACUGGAGGAAGGCAGCAGUGCACAGUUCCAAAUUCCCUUCAAGAAUCAUGUCUUGCAGAAAAUUUCUCUCAAUUUUGACUGCUCUUCACCUGAGUCACCCUGAGAUGGAUGCUGAAAACAAUGGGAGGAAAGGAACAGCAGCAUAUGACCGCCUUGGAAAAAUCAAGCCUAUGUAUCAGCAGUUGAGAGAGGCAUGCAAAACAUAUUUCCAGCCUCACCAGAACAUCUCCAUUGAUGAACGGAUGGUACCAACAAAAGCAAGAAAUGGCCUGAAGCAGUAUAUGAAGGACAAACCUUCAAAAUGGGGGUACAAGCUGUUUGUGCUAGCUGAUUCGGUCUGUGCGUAUACAUGGGAUUUUUUUGUGUAUGAAGGAAAGUCCCUUGUGGAUCAGAACAGAGACAGCAAAGGACUGAGCUAUGAGUCAGUAAUGGCAUUGGUAGAUGAAAAAUUGUUGGGUGCCGGCUACAGACUGUAUGUUGAUAAUUUUUACACCAGUCCAGCACUUUUCAAGGACCUUCUUCUCAAAAACAUCUGGGCAUGUGGAACAAUUCGUCCCAACAGGGUGGGUUUCCCAAAAACUGCAACUAAUAGACUGACCAAAAAUGCUUCCCGUGGCAGUUGUCGCUGGAUACGUGAUAGAAGUUUAUUGUUUGUUGAAUGGAAAGACACCCGGGAGGUUCGCAUGUGUUCCACUUUCCACAAAGGCAGUGUAGGUGAGACUGCACGGAGAAAAGUGAAAACUGAUGGAAGUGGUCUGUAAAGGAUAUUCCUGUUCCAGAUGCAGUGGCUGACUACAACAAGCACAUGGGAGGAGUAGAUCUGUCUGAUGCUCUCAUCCGAUACUACUCUGUGCUGCACAAGACGACAAAGUGGUACCGGUCGUUCUUUUACCACUUUGUGGACAUUGCUGUCGUAAAUGCCUUCAUUCUUCAUUCUCAGAUGGCAAAAAUGAAGAAGCAACGCCCACUCAGACAGAAGGCAUUUCGUGAAUCCCUAAUCAUGGAACUCGCAAAGGUCACAUCUGUGAAUGAGGAUGUUCCUCCAUCUCCUGCAAGUCCCCACUUCGUUGUGUACAUCACUCCAGACAGUACGAAUGGGAGAAGAAAAUGCAAGGUGUGUAAGCUAAAGACUCCGCUGAUGUGUGAGACUUGUGGUGAAGCACUGUGCCUUCAGCCAUUACGGAACUGCUUCAAAGAUUGGCACACAGCCAGAAGACACAAUCAUAAAGGUUAGGGAGAUAUAUUCUUCAAGUCCCCUAUUCUGUAAAUUUUGUAAAUAUAUUGUGUGUGUGUGUGUGUGUGUGUGUGUGUGUGUGUGUGUGUUUUUACUUGUUUUGGACUUGUGUGCACUGUUUUCAUUUUUUGCACUGUUUUCAUUUUUUGCACUGUUUCAUUUUAUGUACGAUUUCAUUUUUUGCACUGUUUAUUAUUUUUUUUUAUAAAAAUUACCCCUUUGAGAUCAUGUCAAUUCUUCAUGUGGUCCCUCCUGUAAAUUUUGUAAAUAGAUGAUGUGUGAUGUGUGGUUUUUGCACUUGUUUUGGACUUGUGUGCACUGUUUACUUUGUUUUAAAAAAAAAAUAAACUUUAAGAUUUAAAAUGUGUACUUCCUUUUGGAUAAAAAUAAACAAGGUUUAGUAUAAUUGUGCAGUAAUUAUUGUGCUAAAAGUAACUGAAAUAGCUUUCUGUAAACCUUAGAUACAUUUGUCACCUAAGUGCACUUUGGAGCUCCAAGUGGCUGUUUUUGGAAAAGGCACUAGUCAGACCAAAAAACUAGCAGAAACCUCAUUUUUGGGUCUAUUGCUUUCAAAUAUAAAACAUAACUUCUUCAGGCUUGUGGCUUUAAAAGCAUUGCAUUUACAGUGUCAUCAGACAUGUUUAUCAUUAAUAUUUAUUAUUGAUAAAAAUAUUUUAUGCAG